AUGAGAAUAGUUGCAGCUACCUCCGGGGAGUUUCGUGCUGGGACGCCUGGCGUGGGAGCCCCGGCCCCUCGCAUCUCCCUGCAGCCGUCCCGCACCCUCUUUCCUUCCUCGCCCGGACGGACGCACUUCCGGCGGAUGCCAGGGAGGGAGCCGCCCCCGGAAAGGGAAUCUCUCGCCUCCAUCUCCGAUUCCCCGCAGUCCAGCCCCUUCCCUGCGGGCUGCGCGGAGCUGGGAAGGACAGACCGAAAGUGCUGUGUUGUGCUUUGUAGGGCGAAUUCCAGAGGACUUGGAUCUCAGCUAAAAGAUAGCAUCCCUGUAACUGAACUAUCAGCCAGUGGCCCUUUUGAAAGCCAUGAUCUUCUUCGAAAAGGUUUUUCUUGUGUGAAAAAUGAACUUUUGCCCAGUCAUCCUCUUGAGUUAUCAGAAAAAAAUUUCCAGCUCAACCAGGAUAAAAUGAACUUUUCCACCCUGAGGAACAUCCAGGGUCUGUUUGCCCCCCUGAAGCUGCAGAUGGAGUUCAAGGCCGUGCAGCAGGCUCAGCGCCUCCCAUUUCUUCCAAGUUCAAACCUCUCACUUGAUAUUUUGAGGGGGAAUGAUGAGACCAUUGGAUUUGAAGAUAUUCUUAAUGAUCCCUCCCAAAGCGAAGUCAUGGGUGAGCCGCACUCGAUGGUGGAGUACAAGCUGGGUUUGCUGUAG